UGCUAACGUGUCUCACGAUCUUGCCACGCUUUUUUGGGACGCUUUCGCAGCCGCCUUGAGGCACGAUACCCUUGUUCUUACCUGGCCUUGUGGCUCCGAGGCGCCACAUCGACCAUUUCGGGCUGGAAGCGGGCUGGUUGUCGACGAGCGGAGGCUUCGUGUCCCCACCUGCCCCCACCAGCUCCUUCAUGCUUUCCACUAGUACUGAAUCUGCCCCCAAUUUUGAGCCAGCGCCGACGUCUACAUCAUUUUCUGGAACAAGUAUACCAGCUGGUACCCCCACGUCGUAUACAUACGCUUCAAUCACAACUAACAGUUUCAGUUAUACACCUUCAACGCCCAUAUCAACAUUCACUGUGGAUGCUACAUCCUCCAUAAUCAGCGCGAUAAUCAUGACAUUCCCAUCGACCACGUUCACUACUACUCUGGCUCAGGCAACCUCGUUGCACCAGGGGACAACAAUCUCCUCAUCUCGUGCAUCUCCAUCCAACAUAAUCGAUGUCAACUCAGCACAUGACGUCUGUGUCGGUCAUGGUUUGGACUCUUUGAGUACAGGCGCUAUAUCUACACUGAUAUUUUCAGUUGCUGUCGCUUCUAUAAUAUGGCUCUUGUUUGCUGUCGUUAGACCAAGAAUGCGGGAAUUGUAUGCGCUGAGAGAAUGGUUCCUUCGGCCAGAUCUUCGCCCUCCACCUCUAGGCAAUGGCCUCUUUUCGUUUCUUCAUCCCCCAGUCCCAAUGAUUCCUUCGUUACCGAGCGAUGUCUCGAAUCUCGGCGACUCUCCGGCUGGCGAUGCUCUCUUGUUCCCUUCCGAUGACGAGCUUAUUCAGAGAACAAUUUGGGUCGCGUUCCUUCUGGUCCUCGGAUGGACAUUUGUCGGACUUUCCGCUUCGAUUCCACUGUAUUUGGUGAAGAUGCCUUGUUUUGGGAAUACAUAUUCCGCUCUUCAGGACCUUUCAGUUCUACGUUUGUUAAGGCUCUUGGACAACGGACGUGUUAAUACCUCAUCACACACUGGAUCGAAUCUUGGCCGCUCACCAUCAAGUCUCACCAAGCGUCUCGUUGUAGAUGGCGUGGAUGAAGCGCACAAAGCUAGGGUGCGGUUGGUGAUUCUGGCAAUUGUUCUUCUUAUUGCAGUCGUUCCCGCACUCAUCAAACUACUUCGGGAAUUCAAUGCACUUGUCGCCUAUCGGAAGCGAUGGGUUACACUUCGAUGUGAAGGUCACGAGAUGGGAUGGCUUAGCGUCGAUAGGGUCCCCGGUUUAGCUGGUCUGGGGGAGAAGGAUGUCAAGGAUGUGAUCAUCAAGUAUGGACUGAGCGUUUCACUCGAACCACCAUCUGGUAUAGAUCCGCGACGGAGAACGGAUGAGAUUCAGAGGCGUUAUCGGGAGAGCUCGGCGAUGGAUGACGAAAAUGGUGCUUUUGCCGCGCCCGCCCCAAACCAGGAGCACGGCGCCGACAUAGAUGUUACUGGGGUCUUUUCCAUCGUAGACACCGAUGUUCUCAGCGGCCUUGUCAAGACUAGGGCUUUUGUCCUUAACAAUUUGGAGCAAGCAGAGUGUCUCUACAUCGACUCCUUCAAGGUAUCGAGCUCUGAAGCUCUGACGUCUGCUGAGGACGAUAUUGUGCCGCUCGAGUCUCCCGAUACAUACGAACAGGCCCCACGGGAAAAACGCAUCGGUCGCCCUCGCCCUUUGAGAUCAUCGCGGCUUAACUAUGGCAGGAGAAGCGCAUCCUCAUCCUCCAGACCUCCUACAACCUAUAUAGCCCCUUCAUCGUAUUAUCGCCUCAGGGGAAUUCGUCGUGUUAGCGAUGCGACAACUGAUCGUAAUGGCAGCAAUGGUGGUAUGAUGUCAGAGUUUGGUUAUCGUGCGACUCGAUCUAGGAUCGAUGAAGCUCCCCCACGUCAAUCUGUGACAUUUGGACCUCUGCCUCAAGAUGGUCAUCCUCACGCAGAGAGACCAGAACCCAUCAAUUUCACGCAGGGCCCAAACUAUGGCGAACCGGAUCCAGAGGAGGAGGCUCGGUGGCUUGAUCAGGAAGGUUGGGAUGUCAUGCCUGAUAGAGAGAGGCUUCCUGAGAUUCUCGAGCGACAGAGUUUCUUGUCGCGUAUAGGUCUUGGAUUUCCACCUCGUGGCUCUCGACUUGUCACGUACCGGGAAACCAUCUCAGAGGAGUCGUUUGCGUCUCCCCACGACUCUUCUGAGGAUCGCCAUGCUGCAAUUCGCAAUCUUGAUUUUGGAGUUGAGGGGGAGCCGUUAACUCAGGUCCCCUCACUAGCCCCUGUCCCCCGCCUGAGAUUGCAGGAGCCCAUUAUGCGUCCCGUGUCCGGGCUUCAUCAAGAGCACUUAACAUCCUUGUAUCAGGAUAUCCGAAGAUGGCGUUCUCAAUUGAAGGCUUUGAAUAUCGAGAUCGAGGAUCAGCAAAAAUCGGCCGUUGAUCAAAUAGCGCAGGGUCGUAAUGUUCGUGGGUGGCUUCUCGUUGGAAAGGGUAUUCGUUUCUUUCCUGGAGUUCGAAUGAUCGAAGGGCGAAGUAAGGAUGACAUCCGUUGGGAGGAAUUGCAACAUGACGGGGGGCUCAUUGGACGGAUUUCCUUCUGGAUCAUUGUCAGUAUAGUCGGGGUUGUCCUUGCCGGAGCUUGCCAACUACGCAACAACAGUGGUCCCUGUACUCGGUUUAGCCCUUGCCAAUGCCCAGACUUUGCAUACUAUUUGCCAUUGCUCAACACAGUAGACAAUUACCCCGACUUCUGGCCUGGUGUACUUACCACGUUGGUACCAGCAGUAGCUGCUUCGCUCUUUAUGUGCAUCGCUGUUGGAUUGGUUCAUUAUGCCGCAAAGUUUAGUGGAUCGGUGUCAAAUUCCGGGACAAGACUUAUGGCCCUGAAAGCAACUUUUUAUAUCAUGGUUGUGAUUGCAGGAGUAUGGCUGAUCGGCAUCAGCUCUAUCCUAUUCAGUAUCAACUCCUUCAAGAACGGCUCAGGGGAGACCCGUAGCCUUUCCACAGGGGCCAUAUAUAUUGCUGCAUUUUGCAUGUGCAUUGGCAUAUAUGCAGCAUUCAUUGCACCUGGGCUUCUUUUGCUGCAACCCUUACGUUUGUUACGAGUCCUUCGUGCCCGGUGGAAAGCGAUUACCCCUCGUCAGACAUUUCGAGCCGUAUAUCCUCGACCUUACAAUCCCUCCUUCGGCAUGGCUGCUUGCAUUCUUGCAGUCUUCUUCACUGCAACUUUUUCACUGCUCUUUCCAUUGAUUGGUCCGCCGCUAGUCGUUUUGGUUUUUUUAACCUUGGUCGCGCACAGAUACCUGAUAGGCUAUGUGUACGGCCGCGUCGAGCGUGGCCAAACGGGUGGUUUGCUUCACAUAUGGCUCGUUGGACGGUUCGCCACCAUGCUCUCCCUCCAGCCAUUGUUACUUGGCCUUCUUCUGUUGGUGCAUCGCAUGUGGGUCUUAGGAGGUAUUCUCUUGGCUGCGGCAGGUUUCAUCAUCGUGUUCGUGGAAGCCUAUACCACAAUUCGGCUACGUGAACCGGGGACCCGUUCGCUUACCAACACAACUCGCGACUCUCUAGACGAGUUCUCCCACGUCAUUACCACCGCAGUGCUGAGAGAAGAUGAUGAGAAAACCUUACCCUCCCUUCCAAGGUCGAGGUCCGUUCCUGACCUUACACGCAGUCGUACCACUUCUUUUGCCAGCCUUCUUGAUAUGAUCUCAUCAACAUUGGCUGUCACUCCUUCUCGUCGGGUGAAGGGCCCCGUUCCUCUGCCAACCGAAUCAAUCGAUGACCUCAUAUCAACCGCCCGAGCUGCUGCCACAAAUCCCGACACCCCUCCACAAUUAAACCCAGAUGAUCCUGCUGAUAACUUCGCGGAUCUAUUAUACCCCCCUGAAACUCUUGCGCCUCCCCCAGCAAUUUGGCUUACGAAUGAUCCUGCGGGGAUUGGCAGGUCAGAAGUUAGCGAUUUGGAGCGGUUCCACCGUUUGAAUGCGGUGCUUGACACUGCACCAGCUAGACGGCCUGGAGGCUAUCAUUAGCAAUCACCCAGAUGGACACGCAGCAGUUGGACAUUUGUUUAAUUUUUUGCCGUAUCUUUUCACCCUUUCCGGACCCUUUUUCCUCAGCUUUCAUUAAAGGUUUAAUCCAAGAGCAUUGGUACAGGGAUUUGUUCAUCAUUUCAGUAUGAAACUCUUAGUUUCCUAACGAAACCAGACAUGUUGAAGGACUAAUGCCGAUGCGCGAGCACGAAUGUCAUGGGGUUCAAUACUAUUGAUCCGCAGUAGUUAUACAGGACUGCAAUGAUACCAAAGCAAACGAAUGCGAUAAAAGCAACAUGAUUGGGGUCAAGGAUAUGAAUACA